CCGAUGUUCCUAUUUCAGACGUUGCUAGCAAGAGGAACGCCACAAAGAAGAAAAUUUCUUUACUCUUUCCUUUUUUACUCUUCCUUCUUUGGUCUGCUCCAGCAGCCUUAACCCUGUUUACAUACCGAUACCCCGCGGAUACCUACUCCAUUUUUGUUUGGGUUGAAUUGUUUUGGUUUCCAUUUACCGCAUAUAUUGCGUUAAUUUUGGGUUCAGUUAAGUUUCUCAUAACAAUCAAGAAUGACCUCAAUGAAUAACGACAAAGACAGUCCGCUGAAACGACGGAUGGUUCCCAGAGGUUUGCAGAAGCUUAUCGAGCAAUGUUUGAAAAUAUACCCGGAUCAGACCAAUCCACUGCAAGUGACGACUGUACUCAAAUAUUGGCUUGGAGGACAGGACCCUUUAGACUACAUAAGCAUGUAUCACAAUCCUGGCAAUCCAGAGCAGAACGUUCCGCCUCAUUGGCAUUACAUCAGCUUCGGAUUGUCGGAUCUACACGGUGACGGAAGGGUACAUCUACCCGAUACGGUUGGUGGUCCUGAACCACGAUCGGGAAUGGGAUUCGAACUGACGUUUCGAUUGCUGAAAACAUCGGGCGAUGCCGACGAGCGACCACCAACAUGGCCCGCAAAUUUACUGCAAGCAUUGGCCAAAUAUGUGUUCCAGUCAGGAAACAGACUCUACACCGGAGACAACAUUCCAUGGCGUCGUUCUCUUGAUGGUAAGACAUCUUCUAUCCAGCACAUGCUUAUUGCCGAGGAUCCUCAAAUGUCUCGCACGGAGACUCCGUUCGGUUGGGUCGAUUUCUUGCAAAUUGUUGGGGUUAGCAAUGAAGAACUAGAACAGGCUUCUCGGUGGAAUGGUAAGGGUGUCCUUAACAUCCUCCAGAAAGAACCUUUAACAGGAGGUCAAUGGUUGAUAACAAACAUGGCCCGCGCAAAAAGUGUCUUCGAACUAUUUCCCGAAACGUUGAAGCAGUUGGAGCUUGAUUUAGAAAAGGAAGGGUCCGAUUUGGCAGGGGUCGGUGCAGACUUCACCUUUAAAGAACUUUCUAAAAAUGUGACUGUUAAAAAGGAAAUCGAUCCUGAAGAUGAAAUCACAAAAAGCAUUUCUUCUUGUAAUAUUGAAAUUAAGAAAGAAUUUAACGAGGGCCUGGAGCAUUCUAACUCUUCAGACAUGAUUAAUCCCUUCCACCAUUCGCAAGUUCCUUCAAGAGUGUUACCCUUGGAUGGAAUCGAACUAACGCUGGCGCCCUAUGCGGCCAAAUUCCUAGUGCUAGCAAUCAAAGAUCGCAUCCGUCAUGGGCGACAUUUUACGUUCAAGGCACAAAACAUGGCGGUCACAUUCGUGGCAGAAUCAGUAACCGGUACAAUUGUUAAUAAAGAAGCGCCAUACGGUGUGCUUGGCAACUGGGUGCAGAUUCUGAUUCCGAAUUCGCUGAUGCCGAAAAUGCUGGAUGCCUUUUCCGGACUCCACAAAAGUGCUGAUAAUCUUAAAAUUCCUCUAACUUACGAAUGGUCGGAGCAUAAUUUAAAAUUCAUCAUUGAUAAUCCUGCUCCAGAGUUGUUGAAUCAACAGGGUCCUAUUCUAGCAUGAGAAUGCUACCAAAGUAAGCAUUUUAAACAUUCAUUUACUUGGCUUCCAACGAAAGUAUUUUAGACAAAUAACUUUUAAUAAGUAAUCAAAAAUUUGAGUGCCUUUUUUAUAGUUAGAAAUUAAUAAAUUAGGUAUUAGGUAAAUAGAAUCUCAUUUUUCUAACAAAUGUAAUUUGAAGCAAACAAGACUAUUUUUUCAUGUAUUUACAUAUAUUCGACCUGAAAACAUCCAGCACCCAUUAACCUUUUCAAUUUUUUUUUAUUUUAAAAAAAUCCGUUUGUACGAAUGACAUUUUUUAUAAAAUAAUAUUAUAUUGUAUUUUAA